GAGGCCGGGGUCUGGGCCCCGACCCGGAAGCACUAGUGGCUGAUGCCGGCUCCGGGCACCCUUUAGGGCCCGGACUGCUUCGGCGCGGUGGUUCGGUCUUCGCAAAGGACCCGGAGCUCGUGAGGCUUCCACCGCUGCCCCAGGCUUCCUGGGGGUCUGGCAGGGUCCGGCGGGCGCCCACUGUUCCGUGGGCCCGUAAGGGGGUGGCGGCUCUCCCUCUGCCGGGAUUGCGCCCUGCGGGCCACUGGAGCAGGGAGGGCUUGGUUGGAGGCGUCGAAGGUCUCGGAGGCCCCCGGCCUGAAAGCAUUGACGCACGCGCUGGGGACUGCUGGCAAAGGACAGAGGAGGGCAUCACCGUAAGACUCAGCAUGGGAGUUUUGGAGUGGGGCCAGGUGGGCAUUGCCAGCCACACCUGUCACGGCCCGGGCACGGCCGCUUGUGCGGAUGACCUCUGUGGACACGUGCCAGGCUGUCGGGGUGCCCGCAGAGAGCCGAGGAUGGAUGGGAUUCUGGCACCAAGUUUGGUGGCUGGUAGGAUGAAGCUGGUAGGAUUCUGGCUGGCAGGAUGAAGCUGUUAUUGGCACCUACUGUGUGCUGAGUCCCACACCAAGCAUUUCCUAUCCAUUGCCCACGGGCCCUCUCGACAGGUAUGGUGGGGGCACCCAGCAUCUUCUGGGGCAGCUUCUCUGAGGCUGUGAGGGGCCAGGUUUGGGGAUGAGGGACCAGCAGGGGCAGGGCUGGGAGAUGGGGUUGACCUCUACAUGGCAGCUACUGAUGGGGCAGUUGCUAGAGUUACAACUAGUGAAAUGAGGCGUUGUGUGCAGGAGCUGGAAGUGGGCAGAGGGCGGGACCAGGAGGGAGGAGGGGACCAGGAGGGAGGAGGGCCCCAGUGCUGAGCUGUAGGGACAGCUGUGCAAGCUCUGACCAGAGCAUGCAGGAGCUGGCUGGGGAGACUGACCAGGGCCAGAGCUGCAGUAACCUGGCAGAGACGGGGUCAGUCUGGCAGUGGAGGAACCGGAGGCUCAGGUGUGGCCUUGGAGACUGAUGGUCAGGGGUGGACCCCUGGGCCAGGGUCCUGCCCUCCAGCUGGGUCCUCCAUCCGGAUGCUGGGUUCUGGGUAGAGAUGUGACCUGGGGACCUAUGGUUAAAAUUCUGCUAAUCUGAAACAGGGGGAGGGGCUCAUUCCUGCAACGUGACCACCGCUGUGGGCCCACCAGGUCCACUGCCCAAGAGAACAUGAGUGGGCAGGAGAGGGAGAUGGAGGAGGAUGAGGGAGAAGGCACUUCAGACACAGCACUCAUGCUGCCCCGAAGGCCUCCUGACUGCCAGGCCGCGGCCCUGAGGUCCCCACGGUGGGAAGGCCUGGCCGCCCAAGGCCUCGGGACCCUGUCGCUGCCUGGCCGGGCCCUGGCGGGGCUCCUGCUCCACCUGCUGCUGCCCGCAGCCGUGUUCCUGCUGGUGCUGCUGCCAGCAGCAGCCAUCGUCUUCCUGGGAUUCCUGUGCCACUCGAGGGCAUGUCAGGAAAGUGGGGCUGAAACCAGGGCCACAGAAGAAAAGGUGUCCCCUGCUGGUGGCACCUACCGGAGGGCCUCAAGGUCAGAUGCCAACAUAGGAAAGACCCUUGGGAGACAGAGAGGGGAGGAAGGCGGAGGUCGGGAACCGGAGAGCUACCCUCUGAGGCUCCCCUCAAGGGACUCCUACUGGGCCAUUUACCCCUGGGUCCCUCGCCUCCCAUCCUCUGCUCAGAAAUGCCUGGCCCACCGCGAGUCCCAGCCACCGGACUCCCGCGCCCGCCUGGCCCGACGCCUCCGCUCGCUGCUGCCGCCCCCGACUUGCAGUCCCGGACCCCGCCGCCACCUGGUGUCCAGAGACGAUGGGCGCGCGCGACGCCACCCUGACGGGGAGGAGCAGCUCUGCGCCUGGGUGUGACCCCAGAAUCCUCUCCAAAGGACCCCAAGACCUCAAAUCCCAGAGGCCCCUGAAUUCCCCCCGUGUCCCCCAUAAGGUGGCUCCAGGCUGGCGACUCAGGGUCUGCGUCCAGGUCCCAACGUGGGAAAUCGCAGGGCCCACGCAGCUCCGUGCGCAGUGCUCCGAGUGGCCGCGAGGUGGCACCGGCCUCCCCCGGACCGGGUCGGCUCUUCCCCAGCCUCUCUCCGCUCCUGCUGUUUCCGUAGCUGCGGAGACUGGGACCCCCAAGGGAGGAGGGAGAUGGUUUUCAGAGACGGGCGCAUGGCCAGGCUCUGGGAAAGGCGGCCUUCCCGGCUUCUGCCACUGUGGCUGCCCUGGGCUCCUGUGCCCUCCCCGAGGACAGUCUCUGAAAGUCCCCUGUCUGGUCAGUCAGUGGGCCUCCAGCGAGUUCCAGAGGUGGUGAGAUUUGCUUGGGAGACCCCACGCUGGAUGUUUCCAAAACUCCAUCGGCGGCCAGAGAACCAGGCGCGCAGGGCUCAGCCUGAGAACGGAAUUAG